CUGGGGGAGCUGUAAAGCUAAAUGUGACGAAUACGUGUUAUUUCAUUGGAAACGAAGUCGGCGUUCCUCCUCUGUGAGCCCCCAGUGCGUGCCUGACUGCCCAGCGGCAGCCGAGCUGUGGUGUGGGGGCAGUCAGGGUUUCAAUGACUGCACUAGUUCGCCUGAUGAGGAAGUGCCGCCGUGGUGCUGGGGCGGUAGGUGUGCCAGGCAGGGCGCCUGAGGUUUGUGUCAUUGGCUCUUACAUAAUGGGCCUUUGCACGUGGCUUUUGUUACCGCUGCUGCCGUGUUUUAAUGCGGCUUGUGCUGGAGUGGCCACUGGAUGGGUGUCCCGGGCAGAAGCAGUGGGGUCUGCACACUGUGAGUGGGUAGGAAGCUAAGGAUGCCAACACUGUCGUUACAGGCAGUGAGUAGCAGUGGUUCAGAACUGUGCUCCAGCUCUGAUCGGUGCUACUUGACCUUAGGCAAACACGUGUGCACAGAGUAUUAGGCAAUUCUGCUGCUAGGAAAAAACCCUCCACGUCGCUGCGUCUGUCAGCCAGAUGAUGUGAACAGGUAUGACAAAAGGUGUUGUGUUGGGAGAUGCCAGUGUCCCAGGAGACUGCAGGCUAUAAGGACAUUGUCUAUUACUGAGGGAACGUGCUCACUUGUGGAGUGACUUAUGAUGUCAAGAACUGUGUCAUCCUGGAUCUUAAGCUCAGCAAGAAGCAGCAUAGUUUUAAAAGGGAGAGGACGUCUGUACUCUAUCUGUAUCCCGAAUAGAAACAAGGUAAAAUGGAAGCUUGUUUUCUCCAAAACACAUCUCUCCCCUGCUGGGAGCUGCAUCUUAGACAAUACUUUUUCCUUGCCAAAAGCAUUCCGACACACUUCCACCGAAGAAGAACAUUUCUCUUUCCAGUUGUCUCCAUCACAGAUCAAUGAUAUACUGCGAGCAGGCGAAUUAUCCCAUAAAAUACUGGAUCUGAAUGGUAAAAAUGCAAAUUCUGUGUUGAGGUUUGAAAGCAACCAGCUGGCAUCCAACACCCCUAUUGAAGAUCGCAGAAGCGCAGCCACUUGCCUGCAGACGAAAGGGAUGAUGUUUGGGGUCUUCGACGGGCACGCGGGCUCCGCGUGUGCCCAGGCGGUGAGCGAGAGGCUCCUGCAUUACAUCGCGGUUUCUCUCAUGUCUCGGCAAACCUUGGAGGAGAUCGAGCUUGCUGUUGAGUGCAUGAAGCCAGCACUGCCUAUUCUGCAGUCGCACAAGCAUCCAAGUGAUGUGGAGUAUCAAGAAGUAACUUCACAGUAUUUUGAAAACCUCCGGGUUUACUGGCAACAUUUGUUGGACCUAGACACUGAGCCAGGAGUUGGUUUAGAAGAGGCCAUGAUAUGUGCAUUCAAAAGAUUAGACUCAGACAUAUCGCUGGAAGUGCAGGCUCCCCAGGAAAAUGAAUUGAUGAGAAAUAUUGCUCUUCAAGUAGCUUUUUCUGGUGCAACAGCCUGUGUAGCUCACGUUGAUGGUGUUCAUUUACAUGUUGCAAAUACUGGUGAUUGCAGAGCUAUUUUAGGGGUUCAUGAAGAAGAUGGAACAUGGUCUACUCUCCCCCUAACCCGGGACCACAAUGCCUUUGAUGAAUUUGAAAUUAGAAGACUGAAGAGAGAACACCCUAGAUCUGAGGAGAAAACCCUGUUUGUGAAUGACAGAUUGCUGGGGAUUCUCGUGCCCUCCAGAGCUUUUGGAGAUGUGCAAUUAAAAUGGAGUAAAGAAUUGCAACACAGUGUUCUUGACAAUAGCUGUGAUGUUGAGGCUUUAAAUAUUUUUCAGUAUGUGCCUCCAAACUACCAUACACCCCCUUAUUUAACUGCAGAGCCUGAAGUCACAUACCACAAAUUAAGAAGCAAGGAUAAGUUUCUAGUUAUUGCUUCAGAUGGACUAUGGGAGCUGCUAAGUAAUGAGAUGGUUGUAAAACUUGUUGCUGGACACCUUACAGAGCUUAAUGUGCAGAAACCACAACUGGCUUUUGAGAAGCCAGUUAAUUUGGGUUAUAUGCACAGCUUGUUACUUCAGAGGAAGAACAGAGGUGUGGCUUCACUUGACCAGAACAUAGCUACUCAUUUAAUAAGGCAUGCAAUUGGGAGUAAUGACUAUGGGGAGGUGGACCAGGAGAAGCUUGCUGCAAUGCUGACACUGCCUGAAGACCUUGCAAGAAUGUACAGAGAUGAUAUCACUGUUACUGUAGUGUAUUUUAAUUCAGAAACAAUUGAAAAUUAUUACAGAAACAACGAAUAGAGACUUGCACUCCUGCAACUUUGCCAACUUUGAUACUGAAACUGUUACUGAUUUUCUCUAAUAGUCAAGCUGUUACCAGUGUCUGGAAGUUCCUAAAUGUGUUUGUUACUAGUCUUGAAAAUGACUUUCUAGAAGUAAGUUUGGUGAAAGUUCCUUGAGUUUCGAGGUCUGUAAACACUGAAGAAAAAUGUUUGAUGAAAUUUUACUGAAAUGUAACUGAACUAAAGAUUGCUGACCCAGUUCUGAUUCCAUGGGAAACACUGGUAAAACUUUUCGAAUGAACAAAUGAAACAAAUUUCACUGAGACUGAUACAAUUUAUUAGUCAGAUGAAUAAUACCUGUUGCUGUAUGGAGUAUAAGAAGGGCUCCACUCUUGUGGAAAAUGAGUAGAAUCCUAUUGAAGCACUGUAAUUGAAUAAAUCACCAAGCCUUUAUUUGCUGUAACCAUGUCAAAUACUUUAAUGAAAUGCCUUGUAUAUGUGAAGACAAUAUUAAAGGAGGCUGUUUAAAGAGCUCA